AUGGAUAAUCAACCCCCAAGUUUGAAGAGAUUCUAUCGAGCAAUUGUAGAGGUAUUUGGGGAGCGAUAUCUAAGAGCACCUGAUGCUAAUGAUGUUGCACGGUUGCUUCAAAUUGGCGAAAAAUGUUGUUUUCCAGGGAUGCUUGGGAGUUUAGAUUGCAUGCACUGGACAUGGAAAAAUUGUCCAACUGCCUGGGCUGGACAAUAUGCUGGGAAGAGUAGAGAACUAACUAUUAUUCUUGAAGCUGUAGCCGAUUAUGAUUUGUGGAUUUGGCAUGCACAUUUUGGUAUGCCGGGGUCAAAUAACGACAUUAAUGUGUUGGAGGCAUCUUAUUUGUUUUCAAAUCUUGUAAACGGUAUAGCACCUCCUUGUCAUUAUGUUAUUCAAGGACAACAGUACAACACUGGAUAUUAUUUAGCAAUUGGUAUAUAUCCAAAAUGGUCCACAUUGGUACAAACAAUUCAUGAACCUCGAGGGCCCAAAAAGAAGUUAUUUGCGAUGAUGCAGGAAGCGUGUAGAAAAGACAUAGAACGAGCAUUUGGAGUUGUCCAAUCACGAUUUGUAAUAGUCAAGGGACCGGCAAAUUUUUGGGAUAAAUGUGUAUUGCAUGAUAUAAUGCCAUCUUGCAUUAUAAUGCACAAUAUGAUCAUUGAGGACGAACGUGAUGAGCAAGCAGUUAUACAAGUUUGGAAGGAAGCAUCGACUCUUGAAGUUGAUAUAGCUAGAGAUGAGAAUAUUAUAUUUAAAGAAUUUCUUGCUCGGCAUAGCCAAAUUAAAGAUAAAGAAGCUCAUUAUGCACUCUGUAAUGCAUUGAUUGAGCAUUUGUGGGAAUGA